CUCUCUUUUAGGCCAAGGAGUCACAUGAACAUCGGCGCCAGAAGGACGCACAGGUGAUCAGGAGGGAACGAAGCGACACCUGCUGUAAGAACUUCACCCGCAGCCGCCACACACAGCAGACGACGGAAGCCCUACGUCAGAGGGUCCUUCUGGCACCGCUGCGAAGGACGGGAUCCCCUUGGCACCUCGGACAAGAGCUCCUUUGUGACUCCGCCUCAGGAAAUAGUUCGGAGCGGCCGCUGGGAACCAUCCUGAAGGAGCCAUAAAAGGGAGAGGGAGAGAGGGUGCCUCGCGGAAUUGUGGUCAUUCUUCGCCCCUUCCGCAUACACGUGUUCACGCCUUUGGGGACAAUGAGGAGUGACAAUGUGCGUUGAGCGCCGUAAUAACGCAAGUGGCAGGACAAACAGUGAAAUAGUGGACGUUCAAACACAAGGUGGUUCUGGGACGUUCGCGAGGGUGCUGAGACGUCCGGGGCAACAGUUCCUAAACACGUCCUUCUGAGCAGGGCCUCCUUCACAUAAUACCUUAGCUGCUCGCGCCUCAUAAAGACGAUAUUCGCGAAGCUGUGGUGUGCGUGUGUUUGUGUUAAAGUGAAGUGUGUUGUGUCGCCCCAAAAGAGAAAGUGAAAAAAAAACUUUAGUGCAAAUUCGCCAAAGACAAACAAAACACGUGUGAAUCACAUACACCUCAAUUCGUUAUUUUUUUUUCUCUCUCUCUCUCCUCUUCGAUCUUUCAAAAAAACGUUUCUUUUUUAAGUCAAGGGAAAAGACUCUACAAGAAAAGAUUUUUUUUCUUUCUUUCUUUUUUCUUAACUUAUCAAGAAUGAAGUGCAUAACGGCGAGCUUUCUGAAGGAGAAAAUGGGGGUCCCGUCUUGUCUGCUGGUUCUUAUGGUCGCGAGUCUGCCUUGCUGGGGCCUGCAUUUGGACCAUACUGCAUCCGCCCAGGAUGAGCGAACACGAUCGGCGCGCGCAGCACAGAGUCCGCCCACUGUGACGUCACUCAGGCCUCCAGACAGGAGCGGGCACGGGCACGGCGUGGGCAUCUCUGUGAGGAGCGACAGCGGCAGCGACACCGGGCCGCCCGUGGUGGCCAGUCGCUCGCCCUACAGCACGUGGCAAGCCAAGGCCACGUCGGGCCACGUCACCCGCGUCGGCAGCGGCGGCGGCCACGAACCGCUGGCGCCCGUGGCCACCGCCACCUCGGGCUCCAGGCCGCCCGUGGCCGACGCGUCCAGCGCCACGGGGCGGCGCUCGCUGCCCGACCCGCAGCUCGUCGAGCCGGCGACCUUCGGCGACGCCGGCGCCCCGGGGUCGAGGGCGCCGUCGCCGUCGUCGCCGUGGAGUCGCUACGACGUGGGCCGCGACGAGGGCGGAUGGGCGAGGGGCGGCGGCCACCCCGCGAGGGCCGCGGGCGGCGCGCGGGAGGCCGAGGCGGGCGCGUCCGAGGGCGCGUGGGACACCCAGGCCCGCCGGCUGCCGAGCCCCUCGGAGGGCCGCCCCGACACCUUCGGCCACAGGAUAAGCGAGGACCUGUCGCACCUGGACACGGAGUAUUCCUCGCGGAAGGGCAACAGGCACUGGUCGAGUCAGGUUCCCUCCCUGCACUUCUCGUCGGCGUCGAACGGCGCGCACGGCAGCUUCCCGCAGCGGCCCUACGAGGAGCAGAACAGCCGCUGGCACAACGGCCGCGCCGGCAGCGCCAGCGGCAACGAGAGGUCCUCCACCAGGUUCCGCAACUGGGAGCGGGAGGAGCGGCCGAGCACCUCGCCGCGCCCGAGCUACGUCGACUACAACGCCCACGAAUAUCCUCCGCGAGGCUCCUACAACUACCCGUCGAGGGCGCGCGACCCGGUGAGUCACGGCGGCGACCCGUACGGCAACCCGGCCUCCAGGGGCGAGCCCGCUCUGCUGACCAUCCAGCAGAUUAAGCAAAUGAUCAACAUUUCCUCGCAUGACGAAUUCUUCGAGUUGCUGAAGAAGAGAGGGAUCGGCUUCAGCCAGCUCCUCGAAUACAUGAAUCGCGGCGCCAACGAGGACGAGGUCCUGCAGCUCCUCGGAUACCACAGAACCACCACGACGACACAGCCCCCCGAGGCCCGUCUGCCGCAGACGCGACUGGAGGACGCGCGCGGGGGCGACGCCUUCGACUCGCAGGCCGACUCGUCCCUGUACUUCGGCGAGGGCGCUCACAGGGUGUCCCAGGGAGGCCCCUUCAGGGGCGCUCCUUUGGCCGGGGACGAAGUGAUAGCCGGCGACGCGGUCAGCAGUGGCAAGGGGAGGAAGAGGAACAGGGAAGAUGGGAAGAGGAAUCGAAAGAAGAACCGAAGAAAGGGAAAAGGUAAAGGUGGACGCAGACAGCGGCUUCCGGACCUUGUCUACACGACAGACAUCCUGCCUGUGGACGGCGCCCAGGGCUCCACGAGGCCGGCCGAGGCGGAAUUCAAUCCCCCGUCGUCGGGAGCACCAGAUGUCGGCUCGAACAUCGAUCUGGCCACGCCGACGCAGCGGCCGGAUGACGCCCGUCCUUCCACAUCAGCUGCAGCGGCCGUCCUGCCAGGCCCGAGCCCGAACCAGCCCCCGCUGCCGCCCAACUCGCCCCCGCAGCCGGGGUCCUCCUCGACGCAGCCGACCUUCCCGGAAGAGGUUCCCCAGGCCACCUCCCUCCCCGUCGUCCCCGCGGAGGCCAGCGCGACGCAGACCCACUCCCUGCCGACGACGAUGCAAGUCUUCCCCGAGCCCCCCGUCGUCGUCGCUUCAGCCACCCCUUCAGCUACCACCCCGGACGUCGCCCUCCUGCUGCCUACCUCAGGCCACGUCGCCGACGACGCGCCCACGACCACCGCCAGGCCUCCCCUUAAGAAAUCCGACCCCGCACUCACGCCGCGGUCCUCCUCCAGCACGCUUCCCUCUGCGGCCGAAGACCCUCACGCCGACGACGUGACCUUCCCGCCGGGCGUCAGGCCCUCCGAGGUCUCCAUCCACUCCAUCACGGUCAUGAAGGUUCCCGAAAAUGACGAAGUUGUCCCCGAGGUGAUCGCGCCCGCCAGCAUGAGGCCGACGCACCGGAGACCCAUCGUCAAGGCGCACUUCCCGACCGAGCGCAACGUCUCCCGCUUCACCACCACCAGUCUCGAGGAACCCGAGUUCGAGAUCGGAAGCCGGUCCAUCCUGGUGCAGAACAUCCCCAAGGAGGAGUACCAGUUUCCGAUCAAGGGCCUCCUGAUCAUCAGCGGCGUCCUGGGGGCCAUGGCCGUCUUCACGCUGGUCAUCCUGAUCUCGUACUGCAUCAUCAAGUGCUCGAAACCCCCCGCCAUUAAUAACUACAGGGUCACAGAACAGAAGCCCGUGGCCCAGUGAGGAAGACGUCGCGAGAUACCUUUCCCUUCUCUUCUCUCCCUUUUCUUCUCCCUUCUCUCUUCUCUCCCAUCUCCUUUUUUUGGAAGCCUAGAUUUUAGUGUCAUAUUUCCAUAUAUUAUAUUGUAUACAAAUGUAUGUUAAGUUAUAACUUAUUCUUAUAGUAAUAGUAAUUAAUCCUCAGUGAAAAAGUAACCCUGAACGGUAACAUAUGCAUCGUUGUAAGUGAGAAGUAUUGAAAAAAAGUGUUCUUAUUAUGAAUAAGCGUCGUACAAUUAAUUAUUGAUGAUGGUAAUUCGUUAUCAUUGUCAACCAGAUAAGAAUACUCUUAUUCCUUUUGGGUAAUGACUGUUAUCUGUAAUAUCUAAUGUACAUAAAACAUACAUAAGAAUAAAAUCCCUUUUGUAAGAAAGAA